AUGGGUAACGAGCAAAGUGGUAGUGGAGGUUCUCCCCAACCGUCUUCGAAUUCUGCAUUUUCGUUCCUAUCAGGACGAGGAAGCUCGAAGAAAUCUAAAGGCAUCGUUGUGGUUAGCGGUGGUAACACUAAAGUCGAAACACAAGAAGAUGACGAAGUUUUCAAACGGUUCAAAGAAAUUCCUCGCUUCCUUCCAAUUCUGCGACAUGCCAUCGGAAAGAAAGAUCUUACACAAAACGAAAUCCAGCAUAAAAUGAGCAGCCGUCCGUUGUUUCGAAUGGCGACACGUUUUCAACAGCAUUUGAAGACUUGUGCGACUGCAGUUGUUGCAGAACAAAAUCAGAUAAAUCAGGCCGUGAAAUCGGUGGAUGCCUCCACUGCUGCAAUCGUUAACCGUAUUACCGAGAGAAAGAAAGCGACUGACACCUUCAUAGCUCAUUUGCAGGAACUGGAAAAGUUGCGCGAUGAUGUGAUUCAUAUCCAGUUGCUCUUCGAACAUCUUGUUCCAAUGAUCGAGACGGUAAAUGAGAUCCUAGUGCCAUCAGAACGUCUACCACCUCUUUCCUUAAGUCGUGUACUCAACCGUACCCCUGUUUCUACCUCGGAAAGUUCGCAACAAAGUACUCCUAGGCAUAUUCCACCUGCUAGUUCCUCACAGAUGCGUUCUGCCCUUUCUCAGGAUAAAGUUUCUCACAUUUCUCCCAUAGAGGAGGUCCGUGUUGUCGAUAGGAAAAAGUGA